GCAGAAACAACUGUUAUCAAUCAAUGCACACAACUUCUUUCUCCAUCGGCUGAUCCCACAUAUGUUAUGACUCAUAUUAACCACAGUUUUCCUCAACACCGCCAGUAUAUUUGUGCUGGUGCAUGGAUACUAAUGCAUGGACAUCCAGAGAAUAUAACUGCACAAACCUUGGACGUGUCUUGAGGGAGUUUUCUCCUGAAGAGGUGACUGCAAAUAUUUAUACAAUGGUAGAUGUUUUGCUUCAUCAUAUUCACUUGGAACUACAGCGUGGACAUCCCUUGCAGGAUCUUAUGCUAAAAGCAUGUGGAAACCUUUCAGUUUUCAUCUGGACCCAUGAGCUUCUUCCUCCAGAUAUCCUGCUACUUGCACUUAUUGACCGCGACGAUAAUCCACAUGCUUUGUGCAUUGUAGUAUGUGUGAGCACGUGAUUUUUGCCCUAUAUGUAUUACUCCAACAAAUUCAAAAUAAAUAAUUUCUUUCA